AUGGCAACCAACGGCCUGAAGCAGCGAUAUCCGCCGGGAUCCGUGCCCGUCAUAGAGAAGUUGAAGGCACAGCGAACUCGACACUCGACACCGACCGCCUCGACCGCCUCGACCGAAUCAACAGAAGAAAAGGGCGCCGCAUCAUCGAUACCACCACCUCAUCCCAGAGGAGAGAUCAAGCAUGGAGCUUUUAAGCAGGCUAUUCGCAUGGCCCUGUUCGCUCUGUACUUCAGCAGCAGCAUCCUCGCCAUUUCUGUGACCCAAUACAUUGGCGCGCCCCUAUACCUGUACUCCAAGGACCUCUUCUACGCCUGGAUGGCCAUGACCAAACAGCAUUUCGGCAUCGUCAGCGCAACCAUGACUUACUGGUGGGCGCCCACCACGGUCAGAAUCAGUGGAGAUGCUAGUGUACGAGGGCAGAUGAGGAAGACGGCAGAUGGGAGGUUAGAAUGCGACUUCCCCGAGCGCAUAGUCCUCAUCUCGAACCACCAGAUUUACACAGACUGGGUCUACCUCUGGUGGAUGGCCUAUACCGCAGACAUGCACGGCCACCUCUACAUCAUCCUCAAAGAAUCAAUCAAAUACAUACCCAUCAUCGGUACCGGCAUGAUGCUCUACGGCUUCAUCUUCCUCUCCCGCAAGUGGGCAACCGACAAAGAACGCUUCCAAUACCGUCUGAAGAAGCUGAGCACCAGCCACGCCGGCCCGCUCUCCGGAACCCCAGGUCUCGAUCCCAUGUGGCUCCUCAUCUUUCCCGAGGGCACAAACCUAAGCACAAACGGACGCGUCGCGAGCAAGAAAUGGGCAGACAAGAACGGCAUUCCCGAUCUCCGCCACGCAUUACUGCCACGCAGCACAGGCCUGUCAUUUUGUCUGCAAGAAUUAAAGGACACAGUCGAAUACAUGUACGACUGCACCCUCGCCUACGAAGGCGUUCCCGCUGGCCAAUACGGCCAAGACAUCUUCACUCUCCGCGGCACCUACUUCCAAGGCCGCUCCCCAGCCUCCGUAAACCUACACCUCCGCCGCUUCCGCAUCGCCGACAUUCCCCUCCACGAUGAAACAGUCUUUGCAGCCUGGCUGCUCGCCCGCUUCCGCGAAAAGGACGACUUGCUCCAAUACUUUGUCGACCACCAGCGCUUCCCUGCCGAUGAGGGCGAGAGCUUCGACCAGAGUGCCGACGGCGGCAAGGGCGCGGUCGUGAGGGGCGCGGGUUGGAUCGAGACGGAGGUUAGGCCUGCGCGCUGGUGGGAGUGGAUUCAGGUUUUUGUGCCGACGGCGGCGGCGGCGCUGGUGGUGAAUGUGGCGGUUAAGAUGGUGAGGUUGGUUUCGAGGCUGUUGAGGGGUGGUGCUUGA